AUGGCCGCCAUGCGGAGUGGGGUGACUCCGGGCUGCUUAGCGAGAUGUUUCCUGAAACAAACUGGAAAACCGAGCCGGGGCAGCCAUCCUCUUCCAGACAUUUGGAAGCACCGUUUUCUGCAGAGGUCCCACCUGCACACAGUGUUUGAGUGCAGCAGUCCGACCACCAGGACUCUGCUGGGCCGGAGACAGCAUGGGAAGUUUCUGUGGGUGAGCGCCGUGGCGGUCCGACACAACAGCUCACAGAUCCCACCUGAGGGAGCUUCCUAUGAACCUCCAGUCCUGCCGGCAGACCCCACCCCCAUCAUCGCACAACCAAUCAUUGAACAGAUCCCAGGCGCCCCCGUCAUAACGCAGCCGAUCAUUGAGCAGGUGGCCGACGCUGCACCGACAGCAGUGGAGGUCCUGCAGGCUGCGGCUACAGAACCCACUUUAGCGGAGCUGGGACUCGCCGCGCACACACCAGUGGGACUGAUCCAGAACUUGUUAGAGGUCAUGCACGUGGAUCUGGGUUUGCCCUGGUGGGGUGCCAUCGUUGUCGGAACCGUGGUCGCUCGUCUGGCUGUGUUUCCAGUCAUAGUGAAGGGCCAGAGGGAGGCGGCCAAACUGAACAACGUCAUGCCUGAGAUGACCAAACUCACCACCCGGAUGAACGAGGCCAAACAGAGUGGAAAUAAAUUUGACUUUGCCAAAGCCUACUCUGACCUGAACUUGUUCCAGAAGAAACAUGACGUGAAUCCUCUCCGUGGCUUCCUGGUUCCUUUGGUGCAGGCACCAAUCUUCGUCUCUUUCUUCAUCGCACUGAGGAAGAUGGCUUACCUGCCGGUGCCCAGCUUGCAGACUGGUGGUAUGCUCUGGUUUCCAGAUCUGACGAUGUCAGAUCCGUUCUACAUCCUGCCUUUUGUCGUCACUGGAACAAUGUUUUUCAUCCUGGAGCUGGGUGCAGAGUCCGGUGUUGACAACCCCAAUCUGAAAGCUAUGAAGACUGUGUUCAGGAUCAUGCCCUUCGUCAUCCUCCCUCUCACCAUCAACUUCCCCACGGCUGUAUUUACCUACUGGACGACCUCCAACUUCUUCUCCUUGGGUCAAGUCGCCCUGCUCAAACACCCCUUCGUCAGACAGAAACUGGGGAUCCCGGAACGGAUCAAACACCCGGAGUCCGCCCUGCCUCAAAACGAAGGCUUCAUUGAAAGCAUGAAGAAAGGCUGGAAGAACGCACAGCUGGCUCAGCAGCUGGAAGAGAGGGAACGAAGGAUCAAAAAUCAUCUGGACCUCGCUGCCAAAGGUCCACUGAGGCAGACGUUUACCCACAAUCCUCUCCAGCAGACCCCUCCCGUAAGCGCAGGAUCAGCCAAAGACAAGACAGCCGGUGGCAAAGCGAGGCCAUGGAAGGACACUAUUGGAUGAAUCAGAGCGGCUGAUAGUUUGAGAGUAUGAUGAAUUGUGUACAUAUUUAUAGAAGGAGGAGGAGGGAAAAGAGGACAGGGUGGGUGAGAGUUGUCAUUAUGUAUGUUAUUCUAAUUAAAAUGUAAAACCUGCCUCAAAACAA